CCCAUGGAGAACAACACAGAAGUGACUGAAUUCAUCCUGCUGGGACUAACCAAUGCCCCAGAGCUGCAGAUCCCCCUCUUUAUCAUGUUCACCCUCAUUUAUCUCAUCAGUGUGGUUGGGAACUUGGGGAUGAUGCUGCUGAUUCUCUUGGACUCUCGCCUCCACACUCCCAUGUACUUUUUCCUCAGUAACCUGUCUCUGGUGGACGUUGGUUACUCUACAGCUGUCACUCCCAAGGUCAUGGCUGGAUUACUUAUAGGAGACAAGGUCAUCUCCUACAAUGCAUGUGCUGCUCAGAUGUUCUUUUUUGCAGUCUUCGCCACUGUAGAAAGUUACCUCCUGGCUUCAAUGGCCUAUGACCGCUAUGCAGCAGUGUGCAAACCCCUCCAUUACACCAUCACCAUGACCAUAGGUGUGUGUGCUCGUCUGGCCAUAGGCUGCUAUGUCUUUGGAUUUCUAAAUGCCUCUAUCCACACUGGGAACAUUUUCAGGCUCUCCUUCUGUAAGUCCAGUGUGAUCCAUCACUUUUUCUGUGAUGUUCCUGCAGUCAUGGCUCUCUCUUGCUCUGAUAAACAUGUCAGUGAGCUGGUUCUUAUUUUUGUAGCAAGCUUCCACAUCUUUUUUGCUCUCCUCAUUAUCUUGAUUUCCUACCUGUUCAUUUUUAUCACCAUCCUGAAGAUGCCCUCAUCUACUGGAUAUCAGAAGGCUGUAUCCACCUGUGCCUCCCACCUCACUGCAGUGUCCAUCUACUAUGGGACAGCCAUGUUCAUGUACUCCCAGCCCAGCUCCAGCCACUCCAUGGACACAGACAAAAUCGUAUCUGUGUUCUAUACUAUGGUCAUCCCCAUGCUAAAUCCUGUGGUGUAUAGCCUGAGGAACAAAGAAGUCAAGAAUGCCUUCAAGGUUGUUGAGAAGGCAAAACUGUCUCUAAGCUUCACCUCUUAG